UUUCUAACCUAACCUUUAAUUUAGUUUGCGAAUCUUAACCUCGUCAUGCAAGUUUUUAAUUUUAAUAUUUAUUAAGAAGUGUAGAUUAAAUAAUCUAUUUCUAAAGUUGCAAUCAUUUAUUGGAUUAAUUUCAUUUCCAUUGUUUGAGAUAUGUUGUAAUCAAAAUAAAUUACAGGUAAUACAUAAAAACUAGUAUAACAAUAAUAAAAUAAGUUACUUUAAUUCUUAAUCUAUAAAAGUUAUGGAUUUAUUAGCGAAUAAUGUCGCUUCAAAACUUAAAAAGAAAAAACUUAAAACUGAGACGAAAAAAAUGAAAAAUACAUCUAAAUCUGUGAAAGGUGUUACAUCGCCAGGAAAAGUUACAAAAAAUAAAAAAGUAUCAAAAACAGAUAAAAAGAAAAUUCUUAAGGAAAAUUUAAAGAAUUUAGAAAAUGUAAAUUCUAAUAAACUAAUUAAAAAGACUGAUUCGCUGAAAGAAGUAUUAAAAAAUAAAGAAAUUAAAGGUGUUAAACAAAAUAAAAAUAAGAAGAAUGAACAAGUUGAAAAGAAAAUCGAUAACACCGUUAAAGCAAAGAUAAAAAGAAAAAUUAAUGAAACAGAAAUUGUUUCUAAGAAAUUAAAAAAAGAAAAAAAAGUUUCUGAAGACAAUAAAAACACUUCAGAUGUAAGUAAUGAUGUACAAUUAUCACUGAAUCAAGUUAAAAAAGGUGUUACAGCUAUUUUAAAGUUAGCAAAUGCAGAAGCUACUUCAGAAAAAUCUCUUAUGGCGGAUGAAAAAUUACCUAUUUUCUUACAAGUGUGUUGUAUCAAAAUUCCAAAAACACCAUCUCGACAAUUGCGAAUGUUACUUCCACAUUCUUUGGUGUCACCUGACGAUGAUGUUGCAUUAAUUGUAAAAGACUUGAAGAAAGGUCGCAGAACUGAUUAUGAACCAACAAUUGAUCAUUUUCGUCAAUUACUCGAUGAACAUAAAUGUAAACUAAUUAAAACAAUUAUACCCGUAAAUCAAAUUAAAACUGAAUAUGAUCAAUUUGAAUUGAAACGAAAUCUCGUGAAUAGUCAUGAUUUUUUUCUCAUUGAUGGAAGAGUAUCAGGACAUGUUGCACGAUUACUUGGAAAAACUUUUACCAAACGACGAAAAUUACCAACGUCAAUUAGAAUGAAUAGUAAUGAUUUAAAAAAAGAAAUAAAAUAUGCUCUUAAUAAAACAUCAAUGCAAUUAAAUUCCAAUGGAAAUACACAAGUGGUACAAGUUGGAACAACUUCUAUGCCAAAAUGUCAAAUUGUUGAAAAUAUUGAAGCAAUUUGUAAGAGUUUAACUAAAAAUUAUCCUGGUGGAUGGUUAAAUAUCAGAGCAUUGAGAAUAAAAACACAAAAAAGUCUUGCAAUUCCGAUUUAUAUGACAAUGAAAAAUAAAAAUGAAGUUGAAGCUCCUGAUGUUAAACCAAAGAGACCGAAAGCUUAUAAAACUUAUGAAGGUGAACUUACAACACUUCCUGGAAAGGCUACAGUCACUGUUACUCCCGAUGGAAGAGUCACAGUCAAAAGAGAAAAAGAUGACGAUGAUAAUGUGACUGUUGGAGGGAAAUCAAUAGAAACUAAAAUCGAUGAGGAUGAUGACGAUAAUAGUGAGGAUAAUGAUGAAGAAGACACAGAUGAUUAAAUAAAUAUACAAAUAUUUUUUGUAUAUAUAAACGAUUAACAUUUUCUUUAUUGAUGUUUUAAAGGUAAUUUUUCCUUUCAUAUUACCUUUAAAGAAGUUGUAAAUAAAUAUUUUUUUUCUGUUAUACAAAACUGA